AUGGGGCACUUCACAGAGACAAGCCAGCCUUCGACGAAGUCUUCAAAAUGGCCCGUCAAUUCUUAUCUAUUGAUGAACGCAAUCAUCUUCGCCUUGGCAGGGAUCUGUAAGGGGUUUGACGAAGCGAACAUCGCAUGUCUGGUUGUGCAGUCGCGAUUCCGCAUCGCAUUUGGAGUCGAUAGGCAAUCCCCGGACGAAUAUGCCAACACCACAGGGUGGAUUGUAUCAAUAUUCACGGCUGGGUCGAUCUUUGGUUGUCUGGCUUGCUUGCCAGUCAACGAUCGCCUCGGAAGAAGAUGGAGUUUGCGUCUAUCAACCUUGAUAUAUGCAGCAGGUGUGGUUGGACAGGCCCUCAGUCAUGGGAGUUUGUCCGCCUUUUACGCGUCCAGAUUCAUAGCUGGAUUUGGUGGUGGUGGCAUCACUGUCGUCCCUGCCAUGUACAUCUCGGAGAUCGCUCCCAAGAGGAUUCGCGGACUUCUGGCUAUCCAGUACUCCACCUGCCAACAGCUGGGUUCCGUAUUCGGUUUCUUCAUCAACUAUGGCCUCACAAAAGCGUAUGACGGAAUAGACCUGCAAUGGAUGCUUCCUACGCUCCUUCAGCUGAUACCUGCCUUCAUGUGGGGCUUCGGGACCUUUAUGUGUGUGGAAUCUCCGCGAUGGUUACUAUAUGUCGGCCGGCGCGAACAAGCGGUUGCCACGGUAUCCCGACUCCGGAGCUUGCCGAAUGGUCAUACCGAAGUGAUGUCCGACAUCCAAAUCAUGGAAUCGCAGAUCUUAUAUGAGCGAGAAGCUGUCGUAGGAGCGACACAGUGGGAUUUAAUGAAGGAACUGCUGGUUUCUGUCGAAAAUCGACGCCGAUUCCUGCUUGUCUUCAUGGCGCACCUAUUCUCACAGUGGUCGGGGGCCAGUGCAAUCACGCAGUAUCUCCCCACUAUCUUCAGCUACCUGAACAUCCCGAGUGAAACAGCCUCACUGGCGACCGGUCUGUACGCCGUGACCAAGUUUGUCAGCUGCCUGAUUUUCUCAUUGCUGGUGAUUGAUUUCAUCGGACGUCGGAGAUCUUUAAUGACGGGGAUCACCCUGCAGACCACUACCUUGGUCUACCUGGCGUGUUAUCUUGGUAUCUCUCGCACAAUGACCGCUACCCACAUCGCCGAGACUCCUAGCGUCUCUCGGGCCUCGACUGCGGCCAUGGCAGCGAUUUUUAUCCAUGGGGUGGGCUGGAAUAUUGGGUGGUAUGGCAUGCCGUACCUUAUCGGGGCUGAGGUGUAUCCGAUCCGCAUCCGAUCACUGGCUGUCUCAAUGGGCAUGGCCUUUCACUGGGCGUUCUUUUUCGGAUGUUCACGGGCGACUCCUGAUAUGCUGGAGGUGAUGCAAGAAUGGGGCGCAUUUGCCUUCUUUGCCUGCAUAUGCUUCAUCUCCCUGGUAUAUGUGUUCUUUGCCAUGCCAGAUACGACUGGACGAUCUUUGGAGUCACUGGACAGUUUGUUCCAGAGGCCCUGGUACACAGUUUAUCAGGUAGCAUAUGCAAAGAACGAUAAUAAUGCGUAA